CUGGGACGCGGGUUUGAGGAACUUUCAUACUCCUACUAGACUUAUUAUUUUUCCUGUCGCGUCUUACACCAAAGAAAACCCGAAGUUUGUCUGUCUGCGAUCAAACAUCCAGUGCACAGGACAGUCGCGAUGUCGGAGGAAGCACCACGAAAGCGCUCACGCUUCGACCAAACAGAGCCUGAGCCCCGAAAAGCCUCUCGCUUCGACAGACGUUCGCGGUCCCCUUCUACAAGACAGUCCGAGACGAGAAGUCGGAGUCCUCUUGCCAAACGCAGUCAAAGUCCUGCACCUGGAGAGAAGCGCAGCACUUCCGUCGACCCUGCUGCAGCCGCAGCCGCGGCCGCAGCGAAGAUCAAUGCCGAGUUACAAGCGCGCAGAGGAAUACAGCAUGUCGAUGUUCCUCCCAUUCGAUCGGGUUCUACUCCCACGCCUACUCCCAAACCUUCCACUCCAGGUGCGAAUGACCACAGCCGAGUCGGCGGAGAUAUCUACGUCGCAGAUGGAGACUAUAUCAAGGACAUUGAAAUCAACGACCUACGGAACCGUUACACUUUGACCAAAGGUUCUACCCAAAAGAUGAUCAAAGAAGAGACUGGAGCCGAUGUUACUACUCGAGGGUCGUACUAUCCGGACAAGAGCAUGGCCACUGCGACGAACCCACCGCUCUACCUUCAUGUCACAAGUACCUCCAAAGCUGGCCUUGAAAAAGCCAUUGAAAAGAUUGAAGAGCUCAUGAAACAAGAGCUUCCGAACCUGGUUGACGAAAGACGCUUCCGGCGCCGAGAGCCUGAACCGUUUGAAAGGGAUGAAUUCGGAAGACGCAAAUGGCCCGAGGAAAAGAUCCCCAUAGACAUGGAGAACAUCCCCGGCUUCAAUCUUCGCGCACAGGUCGUCGGACAGGGUGGUGCGUACGUCAAGCACAUCCAACAGGAAACCGGCUGCCGAGUUCAGAUCAAGGGACGGGGAAGCGGCUUCAUGGAACACAGUACUGGCCAGGAGUCCGACGAACCAAUGUACCUGCAUGUUGCCGGCCCUCAGCCCGCGCAAGUUCAAAAAGCUAAAGAACUUUGCGAAGAUCUUUUGGCCAAUGUCCGCAUAAAUUUCGAACACUUCAAGGCCAACCCUCCGCCUCAGCGAAUGGAGUCAUACACCGAUGGAUACGGCGCCGAAGCCCGUCGUGGUGGUUCAUAUGGCGGCUACGGCCACGGGCACGGGCACGGACAGGGCCAUGGGCAUGGUCAUGACCGCCAUCGGGAAAACAGUUACUCACACAACAGCAACAGCUACAAUUCGCCAUACUCGGCAACGCCAGCUACACCAGCCCCUGGUACAGCCGCUUCGCCCACAGAGUACGCCGCUCAGUAUGCGCAGUACUAUGCUAGUCAGCCUGGCGGCGAUCCUUAUGCGGCCUAUGGUGGCUAUCAAAACUAUGUGGCAUACUAUCAAUACUACCAACAGCAGGCUGCCGGUCAACAACAACAAUCGCCGCCUCCACCACCUCCCGCCGAGUCCAACCCACCGCCUCCCCCUGGACCGGAUAGCUCAGCAGCUCCACCUCCACCGCCUCCUUCCUCUGGCUAUUCUGCAGUUCCGCCACCUCCUGGAUUGUGAGCAUAACCGAGCGGAUGAAGUGCUGACUGUGUCAGGCGUAUGCGAAACAUAUGUUGUUCAGUCUUUUACCCUUGCAGUUAUCGAGCCACGCCACAUCGGCAAGGCAGGUCGCCAGAGUGCCUUGAAUGGUCAAGUCUCGAGCGAAGGCCACAUAAAGAAUCUGCAUGCAGACCAUUUGGCGACAUGAGGACUCGAAUUGGGCAGGCCAAGUAUCUGAACCAAAGGAUAAUUGCAAGCUGAUCGGUCAAUAGGGACCAGAUCCAUAAUUCCAUUUCAGUGUUUGUGUGUUGUAAUAAGCUGACUCUAAAGCUGACCCUAUCCAGCGUAGUCGUGAACUGGUAUAAAACCUCAUGCGAAGCCGCUCGAACAAUGGAUGCGGAAGCGCUUCGCCAGGUCGUCCGCGUGUGCAUGAGUCAAGCUCAUCACUGCCUGAUGAACGAGGCUAGGAUACCUUUUGAGGUAUAUCUGAUUGCAGCAGGGUUGUGCUUCUUCAGCACUCAGCGGCUUCGUGAAGUCUUUCAUUGCUCCCUUGCGAUAUUAUCCGGAAAGGUCCCUACCCUAAUAUUACCAUGAGUAUUGUUUUUGACAUAAGGCCAUGGAAAGGAGCAUAUCUAUAUCUCUUACUAGUUGUCUGCAUGGAUGGAAAUGCGGAAUCGAACAAAAAUUAUCAGGUAGGGAAGCCAAGGUCCUUCUAGUACACGGCGGCCAGGCCGCUCGCUGCAGUUUGAGCAUAUAUCUCAUGCACUUUCUCUGCGUUUCUCACCCUUCACGCGUUUCUGAGCACAGUCUUAUUGUGUCUUAUCUCAUACACGGGGUAAAGCAUUGCGGCUCACCGUGACUUGUCAUGUUGAGCUGGCAAAUCCCAAAUCUCCUGAGGGGAUAUCCGUGACGACGAUAACAAUUCAGCUAUCCAGGCAAUAUAAAGGCACGCCUGUCAUCG